UCGUAUAUAAGAACCUCCAUCUGACUGAUUAUAAGAAGUGAUGAAAGUGAGAAGACUUGGGGUCUUGCAGAAGCAUAGAAAGCGUGCUACAUAACUACACUCUGUCGCUAAAUCUUUUAUCGAAGUAAUCUCAUACGCAUUGAGUUCGCGUUUGAUUCAAAUGGAGCUCCUUCGAUCGAACCUCGCUCGUGUUCGAAUUCCUGAACCAACAACUCGUAUCUACAAGCACGAAUGCUGCAUUUCUUUUGAUACUCCCAAAUCCGAGGGCGGGCUGUUUGUUGAUAUGAACACCUUUCUUGCGUUUGGAAGGGAUUAUGUAGGUUGGAACUACGAGAAGACUGGGAACCCAGUUUAUUUGCACAUAAAGCAAACAAAGAAGACAAUUGCUGAAGAUAGACCAUCAAAAAGACCCACGCUUUUGGCUAUAGGUAUUGAUGGAGGGUUUGAUAAUAGUGAUCCCCAGUAUGAAGAAAGCUAUGAAAUUGUUAUAUUGCCGGAUUACGUAAACCUUCCUUUCCCUUUUGUGGAGUUACCUGAGAAGGUGAGGUUGGCUGUUGAUGCUACUUUAAUGGCUGAAGCUGCUGAAAGGAAAGAGCAAGUUGCUUCAUGGACUGCUGACAAGAAGCUUGUCAGUAAAUAUGCCAUGGAUCUGCAGCAGCUCGACAAUGGUGUUGUUGUUUCUCCAAGGGGUUGGAAAUGUGCCAAGUGUGACAAGACCGAAAAUCUCUGGCUGAAUCUAACCGAUGGAUCUAUCCUUUGUGGUAGGAGAAAUUGGGAUGGAACUGGUGGUAAUGACCAUGCCAUUGACCAUUACAAAGAAGCUGGUUACCCCCUUGCCGUAAAGCUAGGGACCAUAACUGCUGAUUUGGAGGGGGCAGGUAAUGCCAUCUUUUUGUUUUGAAGAAGGUAGCAGAUUUUAUAUAAAUAAUCAAAAGAGUAGCCCUUAGCACAAAGAUUGUGAGAGAAACAUAGUUAUAGGAGCCCCCCAAAAGCAAAAACCUAGUCCUGCAAUAGUUACAAGGACCCAAUGAUGUCAACUACUGAUUAUACAUCUUCUACUAGGGCCUCUUUACACGAAAGUUCAUCUUGAUCUUCUGUUCAGAGUUAGCUACAUCUUCAAAACACCUUGAAUUUCUCUCCCUCCAUAUUGUCCACCAGAUACAUGAAGGGAUAAUUCUCCAUCAUCUCUUAUGUCUCUCAAUGUUACCUGGAUCAUUCCAACGUGCUAACAAGUAACAACUCAGCAGUUUUCCUAGGCAUUGUCCCUCUGAGUCCUUUCAUACUGCCACAGAGUACUGGUAACUCUGUAAUGGAGAAACAAGUAAUGCCAUCUUAUAUAUAAAUGAUCAGAAGUUGGUUAUCAGAACUUGCGGCUCAGCUCCUUUCCGUUUUGAAUUUUCUUGUGUAGAUCAAGUCUUGAUUUUUUCAUAGUCGAGUAUUACUGGUUUAUUUCUAAGCACAGCAAUCAUUUGUAAUGCAGAUCUGCCAUUCUGCCUUAUGGAUUACCGAACUACUAUUUUCUUUGUGUUCAGUCAACUUAAGCUUUGUAUCUUUCAAGUCUUAGUUCAGGAUGAGGGAGAUGUAACUUACUCUUCAAAUAUGUCAAUCGUUUUGGAUAGUAAGGAAAGGCUACCUGAACUGUUUGAUUUUGGUCAUUUUUUGAUUUUGAUUUAAGUUUUACGAAAUUUCAGUUUGGUUUCGUGAGAGGCUUCUAAAAUUCGUUCACUUAGUAACCAAAAACUAACAGGCUCUGGAUUUUAAAGAAUUGACUCAGUGGCAUGGUAGUCAUUUGAGUUCCCUAGAUAUUGGAAGUGGGGUCCAGUGGUUUUGUAGUCUGAAAUUCUCUUUCUUGUUCCUUAUCAAAAAGUUGUCUUUUCUUUGUUUUGAUCAUUUUCUUGGCCAUGCCUACCUUUACAAUGAGCAAUGUCAAUUCAGAGAAGUAGAAUUGAAGAGUAUCAGAAUAUCGUCCUAUAUCUUGUUGAACCAAAAAUAGAGUGGGCACAAAGUUCAUGUAGAGUGGCUAAUUCCUGUAUCUUUCAAUAUGCCAUGGUUUGUGGGAAUACAACAACAACAACAACAAAUCUAGUGUCUUAUCUCCUUGUAGUGUAUAGCUAUAAAUAGGGAC